AUGACCCAUCGUGGUGCGACAGGUGCGGACAGCAGGGAUGGCGAUGGUGCAGGCGUCAUGACUGCAAUCCCCCACAAGUUUUUCCAGCGGGAAGCCGAGAGGGAUCUUGGAUGCGUCCUUCCCAACCCAGGAGAGUAUGCUGUCGGUAAUGUUUUCUUCAAGCCGAACGACCCAGUCCAACUCCAAAGUUAUCAAGGUGUCUUCAGCAAGAUCGCGAACGAAUUAGGUUUGCGAGUCCUCGGGUGGAGAGAGGUACCCACCGACGGCACUAUUCUUGGACCUGCUGCGAGUAGCAAGGAGCCCACCAUCCUCCAACCUUUUGUAGUCCUUCGAGCCCAUUUCGGCGACGGAAACUUCAGCCAAGGCGCAACCUUCGAUGCAACUCACUUUGAACGCCAACUCUACGUUCUUCGCAAACACGCAACGCACAGCAUAACGCUCGCUAAAGGUUUCUAUGUGUGCUCCCUUUCCUCAAAGAACAUCGUGUAUAAGGGACAACUCUCGCCCCCGCAAGUUUACAAUUACUACCACGACCUCAAUCACGUUUUAUACCAGUCUCACUUCACUCUUGUGCACUCUCGCUUCUCGACCAACACAUUCCCGAGUUGGGACCGCGCUCAACCCUUAAGAUGGGCAGCUCACAACGGUGAAAUCAAUACCGUUCGAGGAAACAAGAAUUGGAUGCGUGCAAGAGAAGGUGUCCUCUCAUCCCAGCACUUUGGUGACCAACUCGAUCUCCUCUAUCCCAUUAUCGAACACGGAGGUUCUGAUUCUGCUGCAUUCGACAAUGUGUUGGAACUAUUGGUGGUUAAUGGAGCUGUGACAUUGCCUGAAGCUGUCAUGAUGAUGAUUCCAGAGGCAUGGCAAGGGAACGAAAAUAUGGAACCAGAGAAGAAGGCGUUCUAUAACUGGGCUGCCUGCGUUCAAGAACCAUGGGAUGGACCUGCCCUCUUCGCUUUCAGUGACGGACGCUUCUGUGGUGCCAACCUCGAUCGCAACGGUCUUCGUCCCUGCCGUUACAUCGUUACAAACGAGGAUAUAAUUGUUUGCGCUUCCGAAGUCGGAGCGCUUUACAUAGCCCCAGAGAAGGUCGUCCAAAAAGGCCGCCUGAAGCCUGGUCGCAUGCUCCUCGUCGACACUCUCGAAGGCCGCAUCGUCGACGACAAGGAGCUGAAGAAGACGACAGCAUCGAAGCAAAAUUUUGCGUCCUGGGUCGAAACCCAUGUCCUUGAAGUCCCUAACAUUAUCAAGCGCGUCAAGCGAAGCCAUGUUGCUCUUGAACCUUGCCCCGACGAUACUACUCUCAGCACAGAUCCCAAGUUGCUCGCCUUCGGUUUCACCGUAGAGCAACUCAACCUUCUCAUGCUGCCCAUGGUUUUGGACGGAAAGGAGGCCCUUGGUUCCAUGGGCAAUGAUGCUCCUUUGGCUGCGAUGGCCACUCAACCUCGCAUCAUAUAUGACUACUUCCGUCAACUCUUCGCUCAAGUAACGAAUCCUCCUAUUGACCCUAUCCGAGAGAACAUCGUCAUGUCGCUCGCCGCCUACGUUGGACCAGAAGGCAACCUCUUGGAAGUCAAGCCGGAGCAAUGCCACCGAAUUCUUCUUCCUUCGCCAAUCCUUUCCAUCGAGGAAAUGAACGCGAUGAAGCACCUCAAGUUUGCCUAUACCAACUGGCCUUCUCGCACAAUUGACAUCACCUUCGCCAAGUCAGAGGGCCUUCCUGGCUACAGGCGUGCCUUGGAUCGAGUUUGCAGUGAAGCAUCGCAGGCUAUUGACGAUGGCGUCAAGGUUGUUGUUCUCAGCGACCGCGAUACAGGCCUCUCUCGGGUUCCGUUGUCAGCAUUGAUUGCUUGCGGUGGUGUGCAUCACCAUCUCACUAGCCAGAAGAAGCGUGCUAAGAUUGCCCUCAUGGUUGAGACCGCAGAGGCUCGUGAAGUCCACCAUCUCUGUGUCCUCGUUGGCUAUGGUGCCGAUGCGGUAUGCCCUUGGCUGGUUAUGGAGACGAUUCACAAGGUUGCAAGGGAGGGACUCGUCAAGGGGGACAAGCCUGUUGAGGAGCUCAUGGACAACUAUCGCCUCUCUGUCGACAACGGUAUCCUCAAGGUUAUGUCGAAGAUGGGUAUCUCCACUCUGCAGUCCUACAAGGGUGCCCAGAUUUUCGAGAUUCUUGGCUUGCACAGCGAGGUUGUUGAGCCAUGCUUCAUUGGGACUGCUAGUCGUGUACAAGGAGCCACGUUCGACCUUCUUGCUAUGGAUGCCUUUGAGCUCCACGAGCGCGGCUGGCCAAGUCGGGAGACCAUCCUUCCUCCCGGUAUGCCCGAAUCUGGCGAGUACCACUGGCGAGACGGUGGAGAGGCUCACAUAAAUGACCCCGCCGGCCUCGCUAGCUUGCAAGACGCAGUUCGCGAGAAGAACCAGGCCGCCUACGACGCGUAUGCGAGAAAUGCAAACUCGCAAGCACAGAGCAUCCACCUUCGCGGCCUGUUGGAGUUCCGUUACGAGAGUGCUACCCCUAUUCCUAUCGAACAGGUCGAGCCCUGGAACGAGAUUGUUCGUCGCUUUGUGACUGGUGCGAUGUCAUACGGUUCCAUCUCAAUGGAGGCCCACUCAACGCUCGCCAUCGCCAUGAACCGUCUUGGUGGAAAGUCGAACACCGGUGAAGGUGGAGAAGAUGCUGAACGGUCGCACGUCUUACCAAACGGUGAUACCAUGAGGUCCGCUAUCAAGCAGGUCGCCUCUGGCCGUUUCGGUGUAACCGCCAAUUAUCUCGCUGACGCUGAUGAGAUUCAAAUCAAGAUGGCUCAAGGCGCUAAGCCCGGUGAGGGUGGCGAAUUGCCUGGUCAUAAAGUCUCUGGUUCUAUUGCUCGCACUCGUCAUUCGACUGCUGGUGUCGGUUUGAUCUCUCCUCCCCCUCAUCACGACAUCUACUCUAUCGAAGAUCUCAAACAGCUCAUAUAUGACCUCAAGUGCUCCAACCCGAGAUCGCGGGUGUCUGUCAAAUUGGUUUCCGAAGUAGGUGUUGGUAUCGUCGCCAGUGGUGUCGCCAAAGCCAAGGCCGACCAUAUUCUCAUCUCGGGACAUGACGGAGGAACUGGUGCUUCGCGCUGGACUGGUAUCAAGUACGCCGGUCUUCCUUGGGAGCUCGGUCUCGCGGAAACCCAUCAGACACUUGUUCUAAACGACUUGCGUGGUCGUGUCACUGUGCAGACUGACGGGCAGAUUAGGACUGGUCGUGACAUUGCUAUUGCUUGCUUGCUCGGCGCAGAGGAGUGGGGCUUUGCUACGACGCCCUUGAUCGCCAUGGGAUGCAUCAUGAUGAGGAAGUGCCACUUGAACACCUGCCCUGUAGGCAUUGCUACCCAAGAUCCUCAACUCCGUGCUAAGUUCGCCGGUCAACCAGAGCAAGUCAUUAACUUCUUCUACUAUCUCGCGGAGGAACUUCGGGGUAUCAUGGCGAAGAUGGGUUUCCGUACUAUCAACGAGAUGGUUGGUCGUGCAGAUAUGCUCAAGGUCAACGAGAAAUUGCGAACACCGAAGACAGCCCGUCUUGAUCUUUCUGCCAUCUUGAAGCCGGCAUGGCAAAUGCGUCCAGGAGCUGCGACUUAUCGUGUGCGCCAACAAGACCACAAGCUCUACAUCCGUCUAGACAACAAAUUCAUUGAUGAAGCCGAACCUGCCCUCACCAAAGGCCUACCUGUCCACAUCGAAUGCGACGUCACCAACACCGAUCGUGCCCUCGGAACCUCGUUGUCCUAUCGAGUGUCCAAGUUCUACGGUGAAGAGGGCCUUCCCAAAGAUACCAUUCAUAUUCUCAUGAAGGGCUCUGCUGGUCAAUCAUGCGGUGCUUUCCUUGCACCUGGUAUCACCAUCGAGCUCGAAGGCGACGCCAAUGACUAUGUUGGAAAGGGUCUUUCUGGCGGUCGUCUUAUAGUCUACCCUCCCAAGGAAUCUACUUUCAAGGCAGAGGAGAACAUUAUUAUUGGAAAUGUGUGCUUGUAUGGUGCCACCUCCGGGGAGGCAUUCAUCCGCGGCAUUGCAGCUGAGCGCUUUGCAGUCCGAAAUUCAGGUGCCAAUGCUGUUGUCGAGGGCACAGGCGACCACGGUUGUGAAUACAUGACCGGAGGACGUGUCGUUGUCCUUGGUAUUACAGGUCGGAACUUCGCUGCAGGAAUGAGUGGAGGCAUCGCCUAUGUUCUUGAUACGGCCCAUACCUUCGCCUCCAAAGUCAACAUGGAGAUGGUGGAACUUGGCAAGGUCACCGACCCACGCGAAAUUGCUGCCCUUCGCAGCCUUAUUGAAGACCACCGUCACUACACCGGCUCGGAGGUUGCUGAUCGGGUUCUCCACGAUUUCCACCACUUGUUACCCCUGUUCGUCCGUGUCAUGCCCUUGGACUACAAGCGCGUUCUCGAGGAACAAGCAGCAAGAGACAAAGAGGAGAAGCUACGACAAAGCGUCAUUGAUCUCAUUCCUUCUCGGACUGCUAGCCAAGUCGAUCUUGCCUCCGAUGGGAUUCAAGAUGUCUUGUUGCCUAAGGUGCUCAGCCCUGCUCCAACACCUAAGCGUCAUGAGCCAGCACUGGUGGAUGUUGAAGAUUCUCUCGUGGACGAUUCAACUACGAAGCUGCGCCUCAACAAGCUCGACAAGACCCGUGGUUUCAUGAAGUACAAGCGACUCGGUGAAGCCUACCGUCCUCCUCGUAAGCGUGUCAAGGACUGGAAGGAGAUUUCCACCCGUUUGACGGAGAGCGAGCUCAAGUAUCAGUCUGCUCGUUGCAUGGAUUGUGGUGUUCCUUUCUGUCAGUCGGAUACUGGUUGCCCUAUUUCCAAUAUCAUUCCGAAGUGGAACGAUCUUGUCUUCAAGGGACAGUGGCAAGAUGCCCUCAACCGUUUGCUCAUGACCAACAACUUCCCUGAGUUCACCGGUCGUGUCUGUCCCGCACCCUGCGAAGGCGCCUGCGUUUUGGGCAUUAAUGAACAACCCGUCGGCAUUAAGAGCAUUGAAUGUGCGAUCAUUGACAAGGGCUUCGAAAUGGGGUGGAUGGCUCCUAAUCCUCCUUCUUUCCGUACCGGUAAACACGUCGCUAUCAUUGGCUCUGGACCCGCUGGGCUGGCUUGUGCAGAUCAACUCAACAAGGCUGGUCAUUCUGUGACGGUAUACGAUCGCAAUGACCGUAUGGGUGGUCUGUUGAUGUAUGGCAUUCCGAACAUGAAACUUGACAAGUCGAUCGUUGAACGUCGUAUCAACCUCAUGGCUGCGGAAGGCGUCAAAUUUGUCCCUAAUGCACAUGUUGGCAUUGACAUCGACGCGAAACAACUUCAGGAUGAGAACGAUGCCGUUGUCAUCUGUACUGGAGCAACUUGGCCUCGCGACCUGAAGAUCCCGAACCGUGGUGCAGAUGGUAUUCACUUCGCCAUGGAGUUCCUACAGCUGAACACGAAAUCACUUCUGGACUCUGAGCUCCAGGGUGGAGGUUACAUCAACGCUAAAGGGAAAGAUGUUAUCGUUAUCGGCGGGGGGGAUACUGGCAAUGAUUGUAUCGGUACCUCUAUGCGUCACGGUGCCAAAUCAGUGGUCAACUUCGAGCUAUUGCCGAGACCUCCUGUAUCCCGAGGACGCGACAACCCUUGGCCCCAAUGGCCUCGGAUCUUCCGUACUGAUUAUGGUCACACCGAAGUUGCUGCUCACUUCGGCAAUGAUCCCAGGGAGUAUUGCAUCUCCACAAAGGACUUCGUUGUCGACGAUGAGGGCAAGUUGAAGGGUCUCAACACAGUUCGUGUCGAAUGGACCAAGGACAGUGGAGGACGUUGGAAGAUGGAGGAAGUUCCAGGCUCCGAGAAAUUCUUCUCUGCCCAACUUGUCUUCCUUGCUCUCGGUUUCCUCGGGCCUGAGAAUGCGGUUCUCAAAGCUCUGGAUGUCAAGCAAGACGCUCGUUCGAACGUGCAGACCCCACCUAAAAGAUACUCGACGAAUGUUGAGGGCGUCUUCGCUGCCGGUGAUUGCCGCCGUGGACAAUCCCUCAUUGUUUGGGGUAUCAACGAGGGUCGUGCUGCUGCAGCUGAGGUGGAUCGCUACCUCUGUGGCAACUCGAGAUUGCCCUCUGCCGGCGGUAUUAAGACCAGAACGUUUGUGCCACCUCCGAGCAAGCUGGCGCCAGAGGUUAGGAUGUAA